GGCCGGUGCCUGGCUCCCAAAACCUCUCCCCCCGGUCGCCCCACUCCGCACCAGUGCCCAGAGCGGGAUGGGGGCGGCGGGAGGGCUCCCCGGGCUCCUCUUCUUCUUCUCCUCCCUCUUCCUCCUCCUCCUCCUCCCGGGCAGGGCGGGCGCCGGCUUCGGAACCGAGGCGGACUUCGUGGAGCUGACCUUCUUCCAGGAGAGCUUCCCGGAGGGGACUAAGGCGGAGGCGGAGGCGGGCGAGUACGGGCAGGAUUUCGAGGGCGAGGCCGUCUUCCAGGUGGACUGGGCCCGCAAGACCACCUCCUGGCGCCUCCCCGCCCUCAGCGCCGCCCUCCGCUUCGAGGACGCCCGCGCCCUGGCCUCCCUCUCCCUGGCCAAGAACAACCUGGAGCUCCUCCUGCGGCUCACCAACCGGACGCGCGCCCAGCACGCUGCUCCUUCGGCCAAGGUGUACCCCAAAUACCCCGUGGAGCUGGGGGACCCCAAUGCCCUCAUCUGCUUCGUGGACCACUUCUCCCCUCCAGUGCGGAACAUCACGUGGCUGAAGAACGGGGAGGUGGUCUCUGAGGGGGUGCAAGAGACGGGCAUCCUUCCCAGUGUGGACUUUGCCUUCCGCAAGUUCUCCUACCUGCCCUUCGUCCCAGAGGAGGGAGACUUCUACACCUGCCGCGUGGAGCAUCGGGGGCUUCCAGAACCUUUGACAGUGAUCUGGUCGUCAGAGGAGCCCAACCCCCUCCCGGACACGGCAGAGAACGUGCUCUGUGGCCUAGGCUUGGCCUUCGGCAUCCUGGGCAUCAUCGUGGGCACUGUCCUCUUCUUUAAGGCCAUGAGGAUGACCAACCGCAACAGUCGCAAUGGACGGAGUGGCGGCCUGUAAUCUGCAGAGAGGGAGAGCUGCUCCUUUCCCAGCAAGUGCCUCAGCAGAGACCUCCUUGCUGCUCUCACCAUCGCACCUCAGGCCAACCUCCCUCCAUCCAUCAGCUGUGAGAGCCCCUUCUGCCUUGUUUGGACUCUCCCACUGUACCCCACUGGUGGCUAAACCAAGGAGACCACCUCAGGGCACUGCCAGUAUCCAUCCACCUGACAGCCAGCAACUGGACACAAAGCUUGAUAUAUCUGAGGGCCGAGAUUUGUUGUUGCUGCUGCCUUCAAGUUGUUUCUGGGUGAGGUUCGCCUUUCUCGAGGCGAGUUGGUCCAAAGAAGUUUGCCGUUGCCCUCCUCUGAGGCUGAAAGACUGUGGCUUGUCCAUGGUCACCAGGGGGGUUUCCAUGGCCGAGUGGGAUUCAAACCCCGGUCUCCAGAGCCCCCGCCCAGCAUUCAAGUGGUCAUUUUUUCCCUCCAAGCUUUUGGGAAAGAAUGUGUUCCAGUUCUGCAAAUCCUUUGAGUAACUCUCUCCUCUAAUUCAGGUGUAGCAAGUAGGAUUCAUCCAUCUUAUUGCAGAGAGGCCCAAACAUCGCUCUGUUUGAAGGAAAGAGCUCUUGCUUUUCAUUAUGCUUCAGGAUUGAAGUUGAAAAAUCUUAACUUUGCAUUUCAAAUAAAACUUAAACACUGAAGCCACAUUUGAAAGCAUUAAUUAAUAGCAUGAUUAUCAUUUAUACUGUUUUACAUUUGUGACACUGCUUUAAUUGUGCACCACUCUGAGACUUUUGGAUUAAAGGGUGGCAAAUAAAUAAAUACAUAGUUGG